AUGAAGGAUUAUACGCCAAGGGCUUCAAAACUGGUGCCUAGUUCAACGAGUAACAUAUGCACCGCAAGUGAUCGCCGCUACAAACCUGUGUCAGAAUACUUGAUGGGAAUUACUCCGCCAGCAGGAAGACAACACGAGACCCGUAAGAUCAAAGAUCUGCGAUCCGAUCAACCGAGUUUAUCUAGUAAUUUACGGGUAGUCGCCGCCGUAAUGCCCGUCAAGGACCGGACUGCUACCCACGGCUAUGCGGAACGAGAUAUUACGCAUCAGCUUUCACUCUCUAUCCGAAAUGGAGUUUACACGAACGAUGCGGUGAAGGGAAGUGCUCAUGCAGCCGUUCAUACAUAUCAGUCGAACAUGCAAGGCAGAUGCAUGGCCAAGCAUCAAGCAAUGGGUGUUCUUGCGAUUGGGGGCUGUAAUGAAAGAGGUUGGGGACGGGAGUGA